GGAAUUUUGGCGGGAAAUUGACCGGCGGCGGUUUGCUGCUCCUGUAUUAUUGUUUAAAUAAUGGUUUGAAGUGGACUUUGAUAUGUAAAAGUGUUGCGAUUUUGUGUAUUAAGUGUCUACGCAUGUGAACUAUUAGUGGAAACAGUGAAACAAGUGCUCUGAUGGUGAUGGAUUCUCAAGAUAAGCUGUUUGUUUGCAUAGGCACCUUUAGAUACCAUCGCCAACUAUCAGCUGUCUGCUGGAUCAAGUUGCCGCCAAAAUCUCCCAAGAACUGCACAAUGUGACGCAUCAACAUAUUGUGAAGCAGUAUACUAUGAAGGAGUGGGGAAAUUACAAUAAACCGAAUAAAAAUACUUAAGACUUGGCCUAAAGGUCUAGAUACCAGGCCAUAAACUCCAAAAAAAAAAAAAUAGCCACAAACUAGAUUGUCCAAACGGCAACACUAAGUCAUAGAUAAGAGUGUAUAUACUGAAACACUAAGUGGAUAUCCCUAGUCCCUACUUGUCUUGUUGUUUUGGUUAUUUAUUUCGGUUUUGUGUUUUUAUCACAAAUAAAAUAAAUCUGCAUGAUAUGUAAUUUGAUUUACAAGAAAAUAAAACCACUUUACGUUAACCAUUGCUUUGCGACACGGUACUGUCUUCCUAAAGUUUGGAUUUAUGUCAAAUAAGAACUAGUUUGUGCGAAGUUAUAUCGUUAAUGAAUACAGCGUAAAGUUUUACUACAUUUAUAUACGCUACUGUACAAAGAAUUUUAGCAAUUCGGAAAAACUUAAAAGCGUAAUUGACUCCUCAAAUUGGCCGGACGAACUAAAAUAUUAGACAUUGAAGUAUAAUGUGUUUAUAACCGCGGUGAGGGAGGCUUCUAAACUAAGACGCGGCCGGUUUUACCUCACCCACCGUUGACUGUCGUUCGAAGUAGUAGUAUUUUUACUUUUACCCGCUGGGACUUAAGGAGCUAGGAGUAACAGUGUGCUAUAAUUUUCAGUGUUAUUUUACAACCGGUCAGAAAAUGCCAUCCUGUGUUGUGAAAUGGUGUAAGAAUAAUUCCAGUUUGUGUAAUAAAACUUCUGGGAUUACUUUCCACUCAUUUCCACAGAAUUGUAUUCUUAAAGAACGAUGGACAAAAGCAGUUCGUUUGCAAAGACAGCAACGUAAUUGGAAUCCAAAUAAGUAUUCCAAAAUAUGUUCUUUGCAUUUUAAAGAGGAAGACUUUUAUACAUCAACAAAGGGAUGCCAAUUGCUAAAAGAAUCUGCAGUGCCCAAUUGUAUGAUGGUAUUUUUGAGUUUGAAAAAGUUAAAUCUGUCUGACAAUCAACAAAUAUUUACUACUUCUGCCGACAAAAACAACUUAAACUCCAAACCCAUUAGUUUUUCAAGUUGUCUGGGUGAUUAUCAUGUAAAUGAGAAGGACACCAUGGGAAGCCCAUUAAAUCAAAAAAACCUCCGAUUGGGAACAUCUGACAUGGAGCGGUCUACUGAAUCCAGGACGCCCCAAAAUGAAGUAGUUGACUUCCAGGUGUGCAGAAUCUGCUUAGCGACCGACAGAAAAAUGUACAGUCUGUGCAGAAGCAGUCUCAGAACGGCCUAUGAAGAUGUCACAGGUUUAACGGUUAACCUAACAGAUGGACUUCCAAAAAUGCUGUGCUGGGAAUGCAGGCAUAGACUUGUCUUGUGUAGAAAAUUCGUGGAUCGCGCGAACCACGCUGAAAUGGUGCUGAGGAAGUUGGUCGGUGAUAAAUGCUAUUUAUAUAGCUUCAACACUCUUAAAUCUUUCGACACGCAAAAGGAGAACUUAAAGUCAAACCUUACACAAGUAAUACAUACGCCAAAUGAUUUCGACAUAAACGUAUUCGAGAUCAGUUUAUUGGAAGAUGUGAAUGAUCAAACAAACAUGAAUAUAGAACCAGUAAAAGAUAUAGAUUCAAAUAUAGAUAAACCGAUAAAAACUGAAGUAAAAAAAGAAGUUAUCCAUGAACCAAACAAACAGCCAAAUGUUGGACAGUUCCAAACGUAUUCACAUAAAUAUCUAAAUGAUUAUGAAGUGGAAAUUAACGAAAAUGUUUUAGAUUCAAACGAAAACGCUUAUAUAGAUCCAAUAAAGACUGAUGCAAAAGAAAAGACUGUCUGUAAAGCGAAUAAACAUGAACAUUUUAAAGAAUACCUAACUGAUUAUGAAAAGAAUAUGAAGGAAAGUGAUUUAAAUACAAACGAGGAUUAUUCUAUAAAUCCAAUAAAACAUAUAGAGAUACCAAUACAAACUGAAGUAAAAGAAGAUAUUGUCAAUGAAUCAUACGAGUGGACAAAUCUUGGAUAUUCCGAAAGUGAUUCACUCGAAUUUGUAACAGAUGAUGAAACGGCUGUGAAGGAAACUGUUUUAGAUUUAAACGACGACGAUGCAGAUACUAUAUGUAAUAAAAUGAAAACAGUUAAUGAAAUGCAGAAGAAAACCGUGAAAGAGAUUAAAAGAGACGGAAGAAACAAACCGUCGUCGGAACUGCUGAACCCCGAAGUGUUUAGUAUCACCGAUUUGUCAUACAGUGAUCAAGUUAGUGAAAUAGAGAAAAGGAAAGACAGUAAAAACUUUCAAAACUCUCCUUUUAAAUGUAUGGAAUGCUAUAAAGGGUUCAUUGACGAAGAAACUUUCAGCGCUCACAUGUUACGACAUUCAGAUAAAUACGGCACUUACGUAUGCGAUAUCUGUAAGAUUCACUAUAGUAAGCGAAGUGCACUGCGGUAUCACGUCACGACUAGCCACGCGCAGAAGUUUAACUGCAAAAACUGUCCCUUUGUGACCACCAGACGAGACACGGCGAAGAUGCAUGAGGCCUACCAUAACGGCACCAAGUACCAAUGUCCGCAGUGCCCUGAAAAUUUCGUCAAAUUCACCACGUACCUGAGUCAUGUGCGAAUAAAGCACCCGUCGGACUUCGUGUGUGAGUUGUGCGGAAACUCCUUCAUCGGCAAGAGGGGAUUGGCGCAGCACAAGAAUCUGAAGCACCGCUUCGAUCAACUGGUGGUUCCAGAGGAUGGUCCGUCCUGCGAAAAGUGUGACAUCCGGUUCGCUUCUAAGGAGGCGCUGCAGACACAUUUGAAAUUAUCGAGCAGGCAUAAAGACGGACUGAAGCCGGGGGUGCGAAAGGGCCGGACACCGAUAGACUUCGAUGCGUCGGGUGAUAAUACAAUGCCUCUGAAUGAAAAGCGGAAGAUGAAAAUGCGAAGACGCAGAAACAGGAAGCAGGAAGGCCCCAUUCCUUGUGAACAGUGUGAAAUGCAACUGGCGGACUAUUCGACUUACUUCAGACACUUCAAGAGGGCGCACCCGGGCAUGCAUCGCACCAACUACGCAUCGAAGAGAAGCCAUUUUAUGUGCGAGAUUUGCGGGAAGAUGUUUCAGUCUCAAGCCAUGCUGCAAGAUCACAGCUGGAGCCACGCGGAGUCAAAGCAGUUUGAGUGCCCGCAGUGCCACAAGCUGUUCCAGCGGCGCUACCUUAUGAUCCACCAUUGGCGGUCGCACCUGAUACCGAGGGCGAAGCACCAGUGUACCGUUUGCAACAAGACGUUCAGCAACGCCAGCAACUUACAUCGACACAAAGUGAUCCACACUGGCUUAAGAAAUCAAAAGUGUGAGAUAUGCGGGAAAUGCUUUAAAGACAUCCCCACCAAGAAAAUUCACAUCACAUAUGUUCACUUGAAGAAGCCGUGGCCGAAGAGGAAUAGAUCUAAGACGGCGAAGGCGAGACAGGCUACUCUCACACAAACUCCACAACCCACCAAUGAGAGCGAGAGAAAUACAGAGCAACCCAUGUGGUCCGAGUGUAACGAAUCCUAAGAGACAAUUGUAGUCAACUCUGUGUAUUUUUUAUAAUUGUGUACUAUUAUAAUUAUAAUUGUACGAAGUAAAACUUCUUUACGACA